GCCAGAACGAGACGGGGAGAGAAAAUUGCCAUCUUGGUGGAAAAGAGUGUUUACACGUCAGUCGGUCCGGUUUGGUUGAAAAUUGGUAGAUUUCCGCAUUUUCCGACGAUUUUACGGGAAAUUUCGGCUUCCCAAGUGUGGUCUGCGGGAAGCUCCGGUUGCGUGGUGUCGUUUGAGUUUGGUUUUGUGUGAAAGCGGAGCGGGAGCAGUGCAAAGAUGAAUAUUUUCCGACUGGCCGGUGACUUGUCACAUCUUUUAGCUAUUAUCCUACUGCUGAUAAAAAUAUGGAAGACUAGGUCAUGCGCUGGAAUCUCCGGCAAAUCGCAGAUCCUGUUCGCCGUAGUUUACGUGAGCCGCUAUCUGGAUCUGGUCACGACGUUCAUCAGUCUGUACAACACGCUGAUGAAGUUGGUCUUCAUCACUUCCUCGUUCGCCACCCUCUAUUUGAUGUAUGUCAAAUUUAAGGCCACCUAUGACCACAACCACGAUUCGUUCCGCAUCGAGUUCCUGCUGUUGCCGUGCUUUGUGUUGGCCCUGUUGAUCAAUGCCAGCUUCACACCGUUGGAAGUGCUGUGGACAUUCUCGAUCUACUUGGAGGCCGUGGCCAUCUUGCCGCAAUUGUUCCUCGUCAGCAAAACGGGCGAAGCGGAAAGUAUUACCAGUCAUUACCUGUUCGCGUUGGGUUCCUACCGUGCCCUGUAUCUGCUAAACUGGAUCUACCGGUACUACGCCGAGGGACACUACGAUUUGAUUGCGAUCUUCGCCGGGGCCAUCCAGACGAUCCUGUACUGCGAUUUCUUCUACCUCUACAUUACCAAGGUGCUGAAGGGCAAAAAGCUGCAACUUCCGGCGUAAAGUGUGGCCAAGGGCACAUCCAGGAGGAGGUAGGACGAAGACUUUUCUCUAAUAACCAACAUUCGUUUAAGUAAUGUAUUCUCCACCAUUUUCAAAAAAUAAAGCGAAGAAGAGAUCAAUAAUUAACAGGAUCGAACAUUCAAAGAGGAAGGCAAACUGCAAACUAAUCAUAAAACAGAUAGCGAUUUACGAAAGAUACGAGUGAUGGCAAAUUCAAGCAAGAUAAUGUAGUAAAGUACUGAACUCCGAUAACUUUGUAGUCUAUGUAGCUUGUGUAACUGGAAAAAAAGGUCAGAUUUGUGCGAAAGGAGUCGAAUUGGGUUUGCUUGGAAGUGCAGGACCGCGGUGCGGAUAUCAAGAAGGUAACUGGAACUUGUCCACGUUUAACGGAGCACAAUCAAGUGGGUUUCGUGGAAAAUAAAUUCAUAGUAUUAACAGUACGUUCUUUGCAAUUGGAAUGGGAAAAUAGAUCACCUUACUGUAGGGCUGGGUAGCAGGUCACUAUUUUAAUACAAGUCUUUAAAAAAAUCUUUUCUUUCAAUGGUCUCUUAAAGUCCUUUUUUCUACACAAGUUGGUUUCUAGACACUUUUUUUUUCCUAAUUUUGCUUGCAGUGAUUCCUGGCAUUAAAUUCUAGAAGCUUCAGAAAAGCCGUGUACUACAAUUCCACAAAUUCUUCAUAAACAUAUGAGAAUUCUCGAGGAAAAGCUUGAGUCAUUCUUCUCGUGAUUUGUCUAGAGAUUCCUUCUGGAAUACUUCUAGGAACUCCUCCAUUGAUCCCUCUAUAAAAUCUCCCAGAAAUGUCUCUCUUUAGAGACUUGGUCAGUAUAUUAACGCAAGCCUCAUUUUUCAAUUUCUGUUAUCUGGCAGACAAAAAAAUCUCGAAUUCUUUUUUUUUACAAACUACGAUUUUUAACGAUUUUUCGAACCCCUCAAUAGCGUUUUUAGGAAUAUGCUAAUGUUUUGUAUUGAACUUACUCAAACUUUGAUUAAUAUGAUGGAACUGAUGAUUAAUACAAAAUUUCUCGAGGAAUUCCAACUUUCACAAUCAUCGUUGCGAAGAUUAUCUCACUUCUAUAGGAAUUCUUCCAGCAAAACAUCCAAGACAUUCGACGAGAACUCUCCAGGAAUUCUAACGCAAAUAUUCAGUAUUUAUUCAAGCUCUUCCAUAAUUAUCCGGGUUCUCUCAAGAAUUGCUGCAGAAAUUCCUCUAAUGAUUAUUUCGAGAAUUCCUACACGAAACGUUCCUGGAACUGCCCGUCGAUUUAUUUAGUGAUUACUCCGGGAGAUCUUCCAAAGAUUCUCAUAGAAAUCCCUCAAGAAUGCCCUGAGAAAUUCAUUCACAGCUUCCUUAUGAAGUGGCUCCAAAAACUUUUUAUAGAGGUUUUUCUAUAGAAAGUUUUUUUUAUUCAAAGCGCAACUGUAGCAAACUCCGCCAAAGAUUGCUCGAGUCAUCUUUCCAUGGACUCUCCAAAAAGUUCAUUUAGGGUUUCCACAUGGAAUGCUACAGUAACAUUUCCAAUAAUAUCUCCAAUUAUUGCUAUACGCAUUUCAUCAGAGAUACUGCAGAUGCUUCAAGUGUUCCUAUAGAGGUAUAGAAUAUGAUAUUACAUCAGAGAUUGUUUAAGGUUGUAUUUUUUUCAAAAAGAAAUUCCUUCUAGAUUAUUUCGGUAUUUGAUAAAACAUUUUCUUGGCUAUGUUCUAGAGGAAUUUCUUGGAACAUAUCGGGAAUAAUACUUAAAUGAAUAACUUCUAGGGGUAUCAUUAAAAAAAAUGUUUUGAUAUUAUAAUCCGGAACGACAGGAAAUCCCAAAGAAUUCUUUAAAAAAGUCCUGAACGAAUUCUUGGAAAAAAUCGUAGAAAAUUAUAUGGAACAAUUAUUGCAUAUUCUUGGGAAACCGAUGAUUCCUUGAGAAGUUUUGGAAACAAGUUUGGAGGAAUUUCUGAAGUAAUUUUAGGAAACUUACUGACUGUAUUCAUUAAUUUCGUGAAAAAAUCACUGAUUGAAUUUCUGAAUAUGCCUGAAAGAAAUUUCAAGCAAAUGACUGAUUUCAUUUCUCAUGAUAUUGCUGGAGCAAUCAUUAAAAAACCCUACAGUAACAAAAAGUUCUGGCGUAAUGUCGCAGAAAAUUCUUAGAAGUGUCCUCUGAGAAACGUGUGCUUGGAUUCUCUGAGAAGUUUUUUUUUUAUUAUAAAUUCAUUCCUGGAGUAUUCCAUGAUUCCUAUUUUGUCUAAUUUUUCGGUGCGCGAUUGUUCUAUUUUUUUUGUUCAUUUUCGGUCUCUUUUAGACUUUAGGGACCCCAAAGUUCCCAUUUUUUAGACACUUAACCACUACCAGCCCUGCCUUACUGCAAUACCUACCAUUGAUGGAACGUGAAAUAUAGCAUCAUUUUAAUGAAACUGUCAUGUAGAAAGCAAAUACAUUUCAAAUUGACGACGUACCCAAACACUAACUGAGCAUGAUUCGCAACUUUGAAGAUCAACUUUUACUAAUUUUUCACAAUGCUUGCUUGUUUGUAUUUAUUGUUUCCGCAAACUUGCAAAUAAAUGUGUAUUCUACUUUAGUAAUAGGGCAUCAGUAUCUAAGAGCUACGUUUCCCAAAAUCAAAUCUUUGUAUCCCUGUUUUCCGACGCUGUGUUUUUUUGUCAGUUUGUUACACAAAAAAACAAAACUAACAAUUAUUACAGUUCAAAACGCAUUGCUGCAAGUUAAAAACAAAGCAGUAAACCAAGCAAACAAUAGUUUACCCUGCCGAUUCAUGUCGCCAGAUGGCUAUCUGCCAACUUUGGGGCACAAACUAAUGGUAAUUUUUAAAAAGAAAAAAAUCCAAAAUCAAAGUAGAGUUAUUUAAAUACGAUUCCCUAAAUUAAUGUUUUCCGUUUCUUACAUUGUGUAUAGUUACGCAAUUUUAAUUCGUUUCUACGUACUAUAAGAAGGUCAAGUGUGAAUAAAUUCAUCAUACAACGCCCCACGACAAAGAGGAAGAAUUGAUUACUUUUUAUUAGGAUAUGUUUCUUUUUUCCGUUGUGGAGAGAAAUUGCUAUGAUUAAAACGAAGGAACCGGAAGGCGUAUGUUUAAAGUAAGCAAAACAAAAAUCCCUUAUAUUCUUCUAUUUCAUAAAAUUUAAUACUUUACUGCUACUGUAAAACAAGAAAAGGUAAUGAUAACGAGGUAAUACACAAACAAAUAAAGAAUGGAAAUUCCACUCACUAA